GGCGGGCCCCAGGGAGCUGGCAGGGCAGGGCGGGCCGGCAGCGCCGCCAUCUUCGGGCGGAUGGCUGCCUGCGGCUGGUGCCGGGGCCGGGCGGCGCGGGCUCUGCGGACGGCGGGCGGCAGCCUCUGGGGGCCGUGGGGGGCGGUACCCGAGCCGAGGGCGGUAAGUGUCCCCUCCUCCAGCCUCUGCUCCGAGAGGGAGAGCAGCGUGUCGUACCAGGAGCUCAAGGACCUGAAGAAAGCCAACGUCCUCCACAUCGAUGUUCGAGAGAGGUGGGAGAUCGACAGAGAUGGGAAAAUCCCGGCAUCCAUCAACAUACCAUUGAAUGAGUUAGUGGAAGCUUUGCAGAUGAAUCCAGCAGACUUUAAGGAGCAGUACAAUCAGAAGAUGCCUGCCAAGUCAGACCAUGUGGUUUUCUCCUGCUUUGCAGGAACAAGAAGUAAACAAGCACUGAGUUUUGCUACUUCCCUGGGUUUCAGCAGAGUUCAGCACUAUGCUGGUGGCUUUGAGGACUGGGCAAAACAUGAGUCUCCACAGAAAAAAUGAAGAUGACAUCCUUCAGCUUCUUUCCCAUUUCCUCAUGUAAAUGGGCAUUUCAUUAGCCAUGCAUAUUAACUGCUUUGUUUAAAUUAAGGACUAUGAAAUGAACAGAAGAUGUUAAAUUUGUUCAGCCUUUAAUUUGCACUACGCUAUUUGCUGGAAGAAAGUGACAAGAAUUUUAAUGUUUUUGGCUACUAGGAUUUUUGUAUGAUUUGUUUUAUGACUGUUUAAACAAAUGGUGAUAGUAUGCAUAAAAUUAUCCUUCCCAAAUAGCUUCAUUGUGUAGCUUGCUUAGAUUAACUGCAGUUUAAUGGAAUUGGUGUAAGUGUCCUAAGCACAGGUUUAUUAUUCUUCAUGUAUAGCUGUAUUUUUAAGUUUUUUGCCAUGUUAUCAAGAGCAUACAAUGGGAAACUGACUUACUGUUCAAAACGCGGGAUUCCUUAUUUUAGAAGUAUAUCCAUUUAUAUACACUGGUCUGCUUCUGAGCACAAAAUGCAAUAGCAUGCAAUAAACUUGUUCUUUUCCCUUAGCAGUUCAGUAUCAAGUGAGAACUUGCCCACAUUUAUUUGAAGUUGUUAUUAUGGAGAUGUAAUUAUCGUAGGCUCAAAAAUUUGAGGUGUCUAAGAAAGCUACCUAACUCCCUGCCUUCUUCUCUGUACAUAAAUUUGUAUAUCUGAAAUGUUAAAAAGAAACCAAACCCAUCCCAUCCCCACCUAUAAAUUUGCAUAGUCAUAAUUCUAAGGAUUGUUUUUUUGGUUUGCCUGUUUUAAUGCUGUUAGCAGUUCAAGGGAACUAGCAAAGCCAAAUUUCUCUGGCCUCUGGAAAACUACAGAAGGCCAUGACUCUGCAGGAUGUCUGGAAAAAGGGAGUAAAAUGUCUGGUUCUGCUCCAAGAAUCAGCAACAAUCUGUCACACGUCUGUGUGGCAGGUAUGUGUCUAAAUGAGAGGAAAUUACAUUUGUUCAUGUAGCAUCACCUGUUUACAGAUUUCCUUGUAUGACUGUGAAUAGCCUGCUCAAGCUGUUGGUAAGAUAGAGUUACACAUGGAUUCGUUUGUUAAUGCACAUUCAUACAGAUGUAAUAUUUGAAUGUAGUUCUACACCAGAACUUCACCUAUGUUAAGAGGACCCUUACAUUACCUAAACUCCAACUCAGCUUUCCCAAAGCACCAUUUUGCCACCUGCAUAGCUUACUCUGUUCCCCUAGAGGGAGAAUAAUUGUUUGAGGUUUGGUGUCUUCCGUCCACCAAGCUUUUGAUGUUCCUGUUAUGGGACGAUCAGUUCCUUUUACUUCUUAACUUACUUCAAAGACCUCAGGUAUCUGCUUUAUUUUUUGUCUCUGAUGCUUUUCAAAUAAUACCUAACUUUCAUGCCAAGUUACGCCAUUAACUGGGUUGGCCUCCUUGAAUAAUUCAGAGAAUUUCUGACUCUUCAUGUCUUCGUUGGACAUCCUAUAUAUGGUAAAACCUUCAAAUUUCGUUUGGGGACCAAACCAAUCAUAACAAGAGAUCCUAUAUUCUCUGGAUUUAGAGAACUAAAUUCCAUUAAGAAAUUAAAUUUUGGAAGGAAGAGAUUUAAAGAAACACAAACCUCUUAGUAAGUGCAGAAUUGUUACCAAUUGGAAAAAAUAAAAAAAUUGCCACAUUCUUUGGCACAGACCAGUUGGCAUUUUACCAGCUGCACAGUGGAGUAGUCAAAAGGGUGUAGAUAGAGUCAAAGACUCAGCCUAGGCUAUGGAUUCCUUCAGUACAUCCUUACUUCGCUAAGUGGCAGGCAAGGAUAGAGCACAAAUGGCAGAAGCGUUUUGCUCCUGAAGAAAGCCUUUCCCAGAAUCCAGCCUUGUUGGAUGAUGAUGAGAAACUGAGGGGGAAGUUUGUAGAAUUAGUAGAGUGCAUUAAGAAAUCUUAACAUAAGUUUUCUGAUACUCAGUAGUAGAUGUUAUCUCAGUCAUUAAACACCUUUUAAAGGCCAUUUAAAACAAUGGAAAUAAACAACUAAGAGAUUGAAA